AUGAAGCGCAGCGAAUGGCGCGUGAGGACGCAUCCAGAAGGGAGCACGCCAGCCGCGGACGGAGCACCCGGAAAUCCUGGAGUGGGGGAGGCACUGUCAUGGCAGGAUGAGGAGGUGUACCGAAUGUUUUGGAAGCACGGGCAGCACAUGAUGGGGCUGCUGCAGGGCUUUCUGGGCACGAUCGACCUGACAGUCAACCACCACAGAGUGGUCCAGGCCACCAAGCCGUUCGACGAAUACCCCCCCAACAUCCACCGUGCUCUCGAGAGCCUGAAGGAGUACCGCCGCCAGCAGCAUCUCAGGGCAAAUGACGGCAUUGCUCCGGCGCGCAAGCGGAAGAGGAAACCGCAGGGGCGGUGGCCGCGGCGGUUCAAGGAGAUCUGCUUCUUUUUGGGUGAGGCAGGGGUGCCGUGCCCCUCUGACUGGCAGCAGCAGGUGGAAGCGGCUACUGCUGCUGCUCUGGCCGCUGCUGGCCCUCGCCGUCGCAGGGCUGCUAGGUCUGCUGGUGCUGCUGCUGGUGGUGAUAGCUUGGCUGAUGACAGAAGGGUUGAUGCUGGUGAUGGUGGUGAUGGUGAUGAUGUUGGGGAGGUGGUUGAUGGGGAUGUUUCCUGCAAGGCUUUGAAGCGUUCCGAGGCGUCUCAAAAGGUGGCUGGUGGGGGUGCUGCGCGCAAGAGUUUGAAGAGUUCCGCCCGCGGCAAGCCGUCGACAGCAGCUGAUAAGCCAGAGGGCAUGGCAGGGGUUGUGAGAGGGGUUGGUGUUUUGUCUGGUGUUUCGUCUGGUCGUGAGAACAGGGUGGCUGGGAAGGGCAGUCACAGGAGCGAUCAUCGCAAGGAGAAAAAAGCUGGUGACGGGGAGGGGGAGGGGAAGGCCGCUGGGGGCAGUAAGGCUGCUGGUGGCGAUGGGAAGAGAAAAGUCGCUGGAGACAGGAAGACCGCUGGUGGUGAUGGGAAGAGGAAGAAGGUUGCUGGUAAGCGGGAAUUUUGCAGCACAAAAGCAGGGAAGAGGAGCCGGACGACCAUGCGCUGCCUGGAGCAGGCGACCAGGGAGAGGCUGUGUGAGAUAGGCAAGCAGGCAGAGGAGGCGAAUAGGCGCGCGGUGGAGGCGAAACGGGCGUUGGUGGAUAAGUACUUGGGGAUUUUGAGAGAGAAGCUUGCUGAGGGGGUGGAGGAGGAGAGAAGGAUGCUUGCUGAGGUGGCUGAGAGGGAGGAGGCUAAGCUGGCACGCAUGGCUGGCUUGCUGUGA